AGAGUUAAAGAAAUCUCCGACCGUUAUUAUACCCUGCAGACGGAUAUAGAAAGAGAGAGAGAGAGACUCAAACAAUGGCGACUCUGAAAUUAUCUCCUUCACCACCUUCUUCUUUUUCUUCAACUCAACCUAAGCUAUCAGCCGCAUCUUUCAUCCCUAAUGCGGCGCGUGCCUUUAACGCGACACCUUCUCCGUCUAAGUCGCGAUUCCUGGGGAAGUGCCUCAAAGCAAAACAGAGAAUAAUACAGAGAGCAUCUCGUUCCGGGGGAAUCAUUUGCUCUGCUUCAUCUUCUCCGGCGAAUCUUCCAUCCGCUCUUCUCUUCGACUGCGAUGGAGUGCUUGUCGAUACGGAGAAGGAUGGUCACAGGAUCUCCUUCAACGACACUUUCAAAGAGAGAGACUUGGGUGUUACAUGGGAUGUUGAUUUGUACGGAGAGCUACUGAAAAUCGGUGGUGGGAAAGAAAGGAUGACGGCGUAUUUUAACAAGGUGGGUUGGCCUGAGAAAGCUCCCAAAGAUGAAGCAGAGAGGAAAGCGUUCAUAGCUGGGCUUCAUAAGCAGAAGACUGAGCUUUUCAUGGUUCUCAUCGAGAAGAAGCUGCUUCCUCUUCGACCUGGUGUUGCCAAACUGGUUGAUCAAGCUCUAACGAAUGGAGUAAAAGUCGCCGUGUGCAGCACUUCAAAUGAAAAGGCGGUUUAUGCUAUAGUUUCAUGCUUGCUUGGACCAGAAAGAGCAGAGAAGAUCAAGAUAUUUGCAGGAGAUGUAGUCCCCAAAAAGAAGCCUGACCCGGCCAUCUACAACUUAGCAGCUGAAACCCUCGGAGUUGAUCCCUCAAAAUGUGUUGUGGUUGAAGACAGCGCUAUCGGACUAGCAGCUGCAAAAGCUGCGGGAAUGACUUGUAUAGUUACAAAGAGUGGAUACACGGCGGAUGAAGAUUUUGUGAACGCAGACGCGGUUUUCGACUGCAUUGGAGACCCUCCAAAAGAGAGGUUUGAUUUGGCAUUCUGUGGAAGCCUUCUGCAGAAACAGUUGGUUUAGUUAAACCAAACCCCACCGAUAAAACGAUCUUUGGUUGUUUCUACCUCAACGUUGGUGUAUAUAUAUGAAGUGACGAUGUGUCUAUAUAGUAGUAAAGAUGUCAAUCCAACCUAAGAUUGUUUAAAGCAUGGAGAAUACAAGAAGUCAUUUAAUCUAAGCAAAUCAAGUUGGUUUUA